CUCCCCGUAAAGUUCGCCUGUCUUUAUAAGUGUGUGUGUGUUGUGUGUGUGUCUAAGUGUGUUUGGACAUCAGCAACAGCAGGCACAUGAAUCGAUGUUGGCCAGCCGUGCAAGAUCUCGCACCUGGCGUCACUGUAGGCAGUAGAAAACAAAAUUCACGUCCUUAUUUCUACGUGAUCCAGAACAAGCACUUGGCUCCCCCCUUCUUUUUUCCUUUUUUCCUCCUUCCUUUUUUAAAGAAUAUUUAUAUAUUCACGCACUCUAAAGCGCUUUGAGUUCGUGUUGUAAUAACCUCCUAGGAAGACCCUUCGUCCCGCUGUCUCUUUCGGACACGGAGCAGCCGGUGCUGUCCUACCGCGAAAAACGGUUUUCCAAUUACGUCAACAACAGCCCGACAACUCGAACGUAAAGUGAAAACCUAAAAACGAAGGAAAAAAAGAAAAGAAAACAAACGAGCAAUCACAUGCAGCCGUUGGGAAUUUGGCCGUUUUUGAUUUCACUUCGGAAAAAAAACGAAAAGAAAAUGAACGUUUGUCUUUUGCUGGGCAAAACAGCAGAAUUCUAAAUUUAGUGUAAACGUACAUAUAGUGACGCUCUGUUAUUCGACAUCUUUGACCUUUUCGUAAAGUUUGAAACGUCCCACACAGCAGCAGAGUCCAAUAUUAUGUUUCGACGAUAUGACCCAGUUCGUCUGGAAGAAAAAGAUGAGAAAAAAACAAACAAACAGUUGGAACGUUUAAGCGUUUAGAAGCAGGAAAGACUUGAUGGUGGCAAGUGUGUGGUAGAGACAGUUUGAAAUUAAGAAAACAAAACAAAACAAAUUCUCCCGAGUUCCUGUCGGGACAACCGUACCGAACAGGCCGAAAAAGGAAAGCUUCUAUAAACGUCACAUCCCGGACAGGAGUCAGCAAGAGAAGCAAAAACAAAAAGAAAAAGGGGGGAAGAAGCAUUAGCACGGUAUAGCCUGUAAAAAUGGAGCAGCUCGCAUCGCUUUUGUGUAAAGCGCUUUACCUCUUCGUGAUCGUCUUGGCUACUCUACCACAUCUCUCGAUGCAGGGGCCCUACGAGAAAAAAUUGCUUCAUCAUCUCCUCGACAAGUACAACGUCCUGGAACGACCCGUUUCCAACGAAUCGGAUCCCAUACAAAUCAGCUUUGGUAUCACGCUGAUGCAAAUCAUUGAUGUGGAUGAAAAGAAUCAGCUGCUCAUUACAAACAUGUGGUUGAAAAUGGACUGGAACGAUUACAAUCUGAGGUGGAAUUCAUCCGAAUUUGGUGGCGUCAAGGACCUGCGGAUCCCACCCACACGAAUUUGGAAACCCGACGUCCUAAUGUACAACAGUGCCGAUGAAGAGUUUGACAGCACCUAUCAAACAAAUGUGGUUGUUCGCAACAACGGUAGCUGCAGUUAUCUUCCUCCUGGCAUUUUCAAAAGUACCUGUAAAAUCGACAUUACGUGGUUUCCUUUCGACGAUCAAAAGUGCGAGCUCAAAUUUGGCAGCUGGACUUACGAUGGAUUUCAGUUAGAUUUGACGCUUCAGUCUGAAGAAGGCGGUGACAUUAGCAACUUCAACACCAAUGGCGAAUGGGAUCUUUUAGGAGUGCCUGGUAAACGGACGUGGCAAUACUACCCAUGCUGCCCCGAACCUUACGUGGAUAUCACCUUCAGCAUCGAGAUCCGGAGACGGACACUCUACUAUUUUUUCAACUUGAUCGUUCCCUGCGUGCUCAUUGCCUCCAUGGCCGUCCUCGGUUUUACUCUUCCUCCCGAGUCUGGCGAGAAACUUUCUCUAGGCGUUACAAUUUUGCUCUCCUUAACCGUCUUCCUAAAUAUGGUGGCCGAGACAAUGCCGGCAACGUCAGAUGCAGUUCCUUUAUUAGGAACCUAUUUCAAUUGUAUCAUGUUCAUGGUGGCCUCAUCGGUGGUUUCAACUGUGCUAAUUCUCAAUUACCACCAUCGCAAUGCUGAUACUCACGAAAUGGCCCCAUGGGUCCGAACGGUGUUCUUACACUGGCUGCCAUGCGUCUUGCGGAUGAGUAGACCGACUGACAAGGACGAUCAAAAGCCAGCAGCAGGGCCGGCGGCCAACAGUAAACACAUGAAGGACAUUGAAAUGAAAGAACGUUCAUCGCGGAGCCUUUUGGCCAACGUGCUCGAUAUCGACGACGACUUCCGACAACAUAGUUGUACGCUCAGCUCAGUCGGUAGUGGCAUGGCUCUUAGUAUGGGUGUGCCUACUGGGUUCCCAAGAGUAGUAUCCACUCCUAGUGGUGGCUUGGGAACUAACCAGGGUCAAGACGAAACCAUAUCGCUCCACAACUGUUUCGGUUCCCACCGUGAACUGUCCGGUAUCCUCAAGGAACUGCGUGUAAUCACCGAAAAGAUAAGAACCGACGAAGAAGAAUCACGUGUGUGCAAUGACUGGAAAUUUGCUGCCAUGGUCGUUGAUCGCAUUUGCCUGAUCCUCUUCACGCUCUUUACCAUCAUUGCUACUAUAGCGGUGCUUUUCUCGGCUCCGCACAUCAUAGUCCCUUAGAAGUGGACGAAGAAGAAAUGCAAAAAAAAAAGAGAAAUAAAAUAAUUCUCUUAUCUCUUCUAAAUAGCCUACGGCUCAGUCUUAGCCAUUUUCUUUAACAGGAAAAAGGCAGAAAUCUCGCCUAACCCUAAUCAAGAGGUGCUCCAUUUUCCCAGUGUGUGUUUGUUUUUGUUUUUUUUUACUAGGAACUUGGAUCAGUCUCGGACAAGUGUUCAUCCAUCUUCGUCUUCAAGGGCUUAUAGUUGGACAGGCAGCGGUCAUCCGUGGCAGCAGUAUAAGUUCCCGGAAGUUCUUUUUGUUUGUUAUUUGUAUUUAUUUUAUUUUAUUCCUUUUUUUUUGUUACUGAUGUAGAAGGAAAGUAAUGUGAAAUCGUACGAUUAUGGUGCGAUCGUUCUUUCAAAUAACAUAGAAAUAGAUUAACCAUGUAUGUAGGUUUUCCAAUUUCGCCUCAGGCUUCGUGUUCCUUCCGGUUCUGUUCUUGAUUCUCCUUGUAAAGUCCACUUCUUCGUCUGCUGUAUAUCUCUUCAUCUGUUUAUUGCUCUAUUCACGCUCCUUGAGGGUCAAUACCAUUGCCAAACUGCUCUAUCUCUUCCUCUACUAGUAGCAGCACGUUAGUCGUGUUCUAAACCCCCAGAAGAAGUUAGUAGUCUAUCAACGAAGCACUUUCGCUUUUUUCCUCGACUGUGUCCCAUGUUUUAAAAAAAAAAAUUGGUAGAAAAUUUUGAUACCACUUUUCUUGGAACGUAGGAAUGAUAACAUUGGAAAAACCCAAAUCACUGCUCUUUACCAUUUGACUCAUUCCUCCCGCCAAUGACAACGGCUCAACGAUUUUCCUUUGGAACUUUACACAUAUAUAUUACAGUAUGUUGCAAAUGUCAACUUCUCUCUCAAUCAGUGCUUCCUCGUCUCCUUCUACAUUAUCACCUUAUUUGAUUUUCAUUGUGCAUUUGUCUCUUCUUUCUUUCUUUUCUUUCUUUUUUUUUGUUUUGGUUCUUACUACGGUCCUGUUUGUUAUUUCUAUAUCCAUGACACUUGAUCAUCGAUGAUAAAACUAUCUGAGGCACUUUGUAUAGCUGUACACACGUCCAGAUGCCUACUUUUUCAUUUGUGUGUGUGUGUGUGCUGUGUGUGUGUGUACGUUAUUGGCUGCUGACGUGCAGAAAUGUUAUCGUCUCUUUCCCAUCCGCAAGAAACGUAGCCAUUUUCAAACCAGUUGUACCUCCAAAAGAUUGUACAGCAUAUGUUGACAUUGUUCUUUUUCGACUGAUUUCUCUUUUUCAUGUCGUUCUGCCAUGGAUGGAACGAAUCAGACUUCACGGUUAUUAUUGUUUACCAACCCGUUAUUAUACGUUUCGUUUUUAGACGAAUGGAUUGUGCGUGUACAAUCACGAGUAUUUUAGCCUGUAGAUCAGGCAGGUUUUAAAAUUAACACGUUACGCCAUAAAGCGAACGCCACCAUGCCAAAAAAAAAACAGUUGAUCAAUCGUUUUACAUAGUAAUAAUUAUUUUGGCAGAAGGGUAGUGUAUUUGUAAUGGAAAGUAGGAUUGUUUGUUAUAGCCACAAGCUAUAAGGCAGUAUCUUUAACAAGAAAAUAUAGAAGUAGAGGUUUUUUCUUCACCUGACUCGUUUGGUUGUCCGCGCAUCUAUUUCUAUUUUCCUUUUGGCUCUUUUUCUCGUUUCUGUUCUUUCUUCAUUCUCAUCUUCGUCCUCUAUACGCCUUGUUUUGUCUGUUAUUUCAAUCAAAUAUAAUAUGGAAUAUAUUGUACAAUAUUUUGCGAUUGCGACCCGAAGCCGAUAUGCAAAGCAUACGCAAAGAGACAAGCAAAAGAGACAAGAAUUAAAGGGAUGAUAGAGGGAAUAAUCGAGCACUUCACGUCACAAAACUGAAUGGAUGGCUCAAAAAGAAAUUGUCUUAUAUAAGUUGGAAGAGCAACUGUAUUUUGAUCCCUGUUUCAACGACUCUUCAUACUCCUGUUUCUUCUUUCUAUAAGUUAGUAGAAAAAGAAUGAGGACAAUUUUAUUGUAUUUAUUGAUUUCUUUUCUUUUAGUUGGCCAAUGGCCAUCUAUGCAAAACAAAGAAAUCCAUCAGAAAGAUGAAGUAACGAUACCGGAAUGUUCACCCCGAGGAUUUCGUUUGUACGAUACACCAAACAAUUCUUGGUUAAGGAAGAAGUUUUCGGACAGAUUCGAAAAAAAAAGGUUCAGGCAGCCCAGUGAGCGAUACAUAUUAUCAUACUAACACAUUAAGCAUUUUUAAAGAAACCUAUAUUUCUUUUUCUUCAUUUAAUUUAAUUUUUAUUUUUUACCUUCUCUUUCUAAUAUCGAAUCCAUCAAAAGGAUUACCGACAUGAAAACAGCGACUAUUCUUCAGACACUUUAAGACAAUACUUUGAUGACUGUUUGAUUGCGUCUAAUAAUAAUAACCCCCUGUUGUUGCCUUUCUCUUUUAUAUGAAACCUCCUAUGUUAUUUAGUUUGAAUGGAUUUGAUGGUGUGUACGGGAAAGACAAUAAGCGCGCGUCUCAAUGAAAUUGUUGUUGACAAUACAGUCGGUAUUAGCCUAUA